CGUCCCUUCUGAGCCUUUUGUGUUUGAAACUCUCAUAUCCCCCAUAUCAAUAAUUCAAGCGCGCGCGACAGAGCAGACGGAGCUCCCCCCUCUGCGCUAUGAGUUCUGCUGCCUCGUCACUCGUCCAGGGCCCUUCCGCUGCGCGCACGACUCUCCCUUACUGUGUUUCCAAGUGACAGAUAAGCUGCCGAGAGGUGGGAAAACAGGAAAGGAACAGGUGAAAACUGGGGACUCGCCUGGAGAUACGGGUUAAUAAAGCAAUUGUUGAAAAAAGGAGCAGAGACGCCUAAAACUAAACCGUCUGGGUUUGAGACACUCCGCCAGGGAGUUCACGUUAAGCUAAUUAAAUCCAAGAAAGCGGAGUAGCACCUAGUUGUAAAACGAACCUUUUAAGGUUAAUCGAGGAACAGUGGGAAACUCUUCCUACCUGACUUUUUUUUAAAAAGGGGAAUAGACCCACUCCGGUUUGAGGUGUGAAGACGACCUGAACAAGUUCACUGCUCGGUUCCGGCAUGCUGGCGUUUUGCCUUUUAAGUGCCGUGUGGCUUGCGGCGAGUCCGGUCCGCGCUCAGAACGAGACGGAACCAAUCGUCCUGGAGGGAAAGUGCCUGGUGGUGUGCGACUCCAACCCGACCUCGGACCCCACGGGCACAGCGCUCGGGAUCUCGGUGCGCUCGGGAAGCGCAAAGGUGGCGUUCUCCGCAGUCAGGAACACCAACCACGAGCCCUCCGAGAUGAGCAACCGGACUAUGGUCAUCUACUUCGAUCGGGUUCUUGUAAAUGUUGGGAGGAAUUUUGACGAAGAGAGAAGUAACUUCAUUGCACCACGGAAAGGAAUUUACAGUUUUAACUUCCACGUAGUUAAAGUCUACAAUCGCCAAACUAUACAGGUGAGCCUGAUGCACAACGGUUGGCCAGUGAUUUCGGCAUUUGCCGGGGACCAGGACGUGACGCGUGAGGCAGCCAGCAAUGGUGUUCUGAUCCAGAUGGAGAAGGGAGACCGGGCCUACCUCAAAUUGGAGAGAGGAAACCUAAUGGGAGGAUGGAAAUACUCCACCUUCUCAGGCUUCCUGGUGUUCCCCAUGUAGAGAGGAAGAGGAGGAGGAGGUGCAGGGAUGGAAACAAAGGAGGACGAGCUGGUGGAAGCUGGAAAGCAAAAGGAAGAUGACGAAAAGGCAGGUGGAGGAAGAAGAAAAAGGACAUGGUUAAGAUGGGAGGGAAACAUGACAACAGACUUGUGUUUGGGACGCUGCAGAGGAAGGAUGAGAUGUUAGAGAGAUAUGAGCAUGAUGUGAGAAAGUUACAGAGCCGGCACAUGAGAGUGUACGGUCAGCUUCUUCACUUUGCUUCUUCUUUUCAUCCAUCCUUUCAUGCAUCCUUCUCCUCCCUCUGUUUCCUCGUGGCUUGACUGCAGCUUUGGACAGCCAAAACCUUUUCUAUACUCUGCUGACAGAUCGAUCACUGAUAUGGUCCAGAGUGUUCUGAAGCCCACGUGUAACCCUCCCUCCUGUCCCCACAAUCCCAUCAUUUCUUCAUCGAUCACCAUCUGCAUAAGCUUUGACCAAUAUUACUUGAGCAACUAUUCCUCGCUAACCCCAGUUUACUGUGCCCAUAUGUGUGUUUGUGUUUUUCUCAUGCUCGACAUAAACGCCACUGAUUUUGGAUCAGCUUCUUCCCCUGAAGCCAAACUAUACUUUUUAGAGUGUAAACAGUAAAGUCUGAUCACAGAAUCAGGGGCUAACCUUUUAUUUAUCAUCAUAAUCACAAGCCUUUUACAAUAAAUGCACCAUUUGUUCUUUAAACACACGUCUGUUUCUCCUCUUCAUUAUAUUUAGCACGUAGCAGGAUUCAGCUUUGUAAUGGUUAUGGUUCAGCACUUGUAGCAGUGGGGUCAAGGUUAGGAAAACAUGGCUUAAAUACUUUGCUGUGUGUGUUUAGAUGACAACAUUUUUCUACAAUAAACUGAAGUUUUUUCUACACUCAUCCGAGUGCCCCCACCCCACCCACUAAUACUUGUGGUCCAUUAGUAGGCAGUCAUUAAACUUGUAUACAAAGUGCAACUGGGGAGAACAAAAGUCAGUAGAAGACAGAACAGUUCAGUUUAAUAAACCGUCUCCACUCUCUAGUCAGGUACUCAAUACUUCUCCAUCAAUCUCUGGUGUCUAUAUCUAAUGAACCGAACACUGAUAGUCAAACAGGAAGUAAUACUUUACUUUGUUCCUCCACUGUUUUAAUCACGACUCUGAAUCAGGCUUCUGUGCACAUGUCCUUUCACCCGUACAGUCAGUCUGCUUCCUCCCUGUCACUGCUGCCAUGUUUUAGAUAUAGUAUCUCCAUGUAGGAUCCCUUUUCUCUCUUUAACUAUGCUGUUUACCCACAAGUGCAGGUUUGGCUUCCUUUUAGCACACCUCUGUUAUUCCCUCCAUCCUCCCUUCCUCAUGUGUGUACUUUAUCCGCUGCUGCUCAUUUGCCUCCUAGCACGGAUCCUUUCCUGCUUUUCUUCAAUGUGGACUGUGGACAAUGAAACAACCUUCAACUU